AUGCCGGUGCCCACGACCAAGCCAGCCACCUUUAGUUUCGCCCAGCGUUCAAGGCUUACUCCUGAGGAGUCCAAAGUCGAUGUGGACGCUGCGGCCUGCACCAACGCGGAUGGCGACGUUGUGGAGGAGGUGCAGCUGAUUCAGAGGUUCGAAGAGAUGCUCUCAAGACGGGACGUGGAGCUUUUCCGACGACUGGACAAGGCCAUUCACGGCUUCGGCGCGAUACCUGCGGAGACGACCGUCUCCCUGCUGCAGCCGCAGACGUCCUUCAAGGACUACGGCAACGGCGCGAGCGCUGGCGCGAGCGAGUCCCGCAUGGCAUCUCGCAGCAAGGCUUUGGUGGAGUCGCGAGUGCGGAUGCUGGCGGCGCAGACGAAGAGGGAACUUGAGCUGGACAUUUUCUCUGACCCCGAGGACAACGUCGAGUUGGAGACCAGUGAGCCACAACCAAGCCCCGGCCGUAACAGAAGGCGUUCUACACGGACGCACAGUCGCUUCAGCAGAUGGCAGCACUACCUCCUGAAGCACGUGAUUGGCAACUUCUGGUUCGAGGGCUUUCUCAUGGUGGGCAUCCUCACACACUCCUUCAUCCUAGGGGUGCAGAUUGAUCUGGCUACCGUGGACAGCUCCGACCAGGACAUCGGGUUUAUCCUCGAUUGGAUCCAGCACGCGUUCGCCUUCAUCUUUGCCGUCGAGCUUGCACUCAGGUGGAUGGCUGAGGGCCAGAGUUUCCUGUGGCGGUCCAGCAAUGUCGUCUGGAACUGGCUGGACACCUUCCUGGUUCUCACCUCUGUGGUGGAAGUUGUUGGGGAGCUGUCUGUGGCCUGGGCAGGCGAUCGGACGACGGACCUAAGCUUGAUCGGCAACAUGCGGGUCAUCCGCAUCGUGCGCAUCUCGCGCCUUCUCAGGGUCCUGCGCAUCGUUCGAGUCGUUCGCUUCGUGCGCUCUUUGAGGAAUCUUGUCAGCUCCAUCGCCAUGACAUUUCGCUCCCUGGCUUGGUCGGUGAUGCUUCUGGUGAUUAUCAUCUACAUGUUCGGGGUUCUCUUGACGGAUGGCGUGUCGGAUUUCCUUCGCAACGGAGAAGGCAUUGACCUCAAGACGGAGAUAGACCUAAAGAUCUACUUCGGCUCCGUCCAUGACGCUAUGCACACAUUGUUCCGAUCAAUUGCAAAUGGAAUCAGCUGGGACGUCGUCAUAAGGCCUCUAAUUCAAGCAAGCUGGUUCUGGGGAUAUGUCUACUCCUUGUACGUUGUGUUUACACUCUUUGCCGUCCUCAAUGUUAUAACGGCGGUUUUUUGCCAAAGCACGCUGGAAGGUGCAGCACGUGACAAGGAACUCCUGGCAGAAAGCCACAUGCUCAACAAAGAGAGGUACUAUCUGCUCGUCGAAGACCUUUUCAGAAACCUUCAGUCGGACGAAAGUGGCAAGGUAACGCUGGAAGAUUUCCAGGAUCACUUCAACGACGUGGAAGUGCGAGCCUUCUUCCAUGGCCUUGACCUCGAACCAAGCGAUGCCUGGGUGUUGUUCUCACUCCUAGACGACGACGGCAGUGGAGACAUCGAUGCUGAGGAGUUUGUAGAAGGACUUCUCAGACUCAAGGGCCCUGCUAGAGCCAUCGAUCUGGCUGCAAUUGGACGAGACUGCAAGUCGUGCGUGAGGAGAGUGCAGCAGACGGGCAAGCAAAUGAAGCGCUUGGAGGGCCUUCUUGCCAGUCUGAUCCGGAUCUACACUGGCGGACAGGUCGCCGACGGAGCACCUGGGGUGGUGAGCUUGGCGCCGCUGCUUAGAAAAGUUACGGACUCCGAGAAUCUCUGA